AUGAAAAAGAUUAAUGAUAAUAAGAGUUCUGGCGGAAGAGUUGAAUUAGAAGUGAAUGAUGUUAAUGAGAAAUUAGCCGAAAAAGCAGAUAAAAACCACGUUCAUUAUAUAACUUCAGACGAACAGAUUAUAACGGACUACCAUGGAUAUUUAACACGAAGUGAUGAAGCGAAGACAAAAAAUGUUAAUGAAAGAAGAUAUAAAUACAUUCGUGCUAAAGGUUAUGACAUAAGCUGUACUGUACAGUAUGACACAGGUAAAGCACCAGAAGCAUUUAGUUAUAACGAUGAAAUUUAUGCCUCUACUUUCUCUGUUAAUGGUGUAUUAGUUGAACCAAGAUUUAUGUUAAGAGUUAAGGCAAAAAUAACGUUUGAAGAUGCUAUUAAAAGUAAAGCUGACAAAGUUGAACUUGACGCAACGAACAAAGUUUUGAAAUCUCAUAAACACAACAUCUCCGAUAUAAAUGAACUUCAAACUUCUUUAGACAGUAAAGCUGACAAGAACCAUACACAUAAAUCCUUCACUACUGUUAGAGCAGACGACAUAAUAUUGAACUUUGACCUUGGUUCAAGUGCACCAUUAGAAAAUCCAAGUACAAGCGUAAAAGAUACUCUUAACAGUUUAGAUAACAGUUGCAGGAACAUUGAAAGUCAUGCCAGAAACUUUGAAGCAUAUGAACUACCAGCAAUGUUAGACAAGAAAGCAGACAAGAACCAUACACAUAAAUCCUUCACAACUGUUGCUAUAGAAAGUAUUGAAGGAACGGUUGAAGAAACUGGUGGGGAGGGCGGAGCCCCGCCGCACGCGGCUGCAUUAUAUUGUAAACCUCCUAACUUUCCACAAGGUUUAACAUCGGAUGACGACAUAACGACGAUGAGAAACAUUAGAUGUAAAGAUGUUUAUGUCAUGAAGGAUGAACAUAAUAUUAAAUUCACUGCUCAAGAUUUAUAUGACAAGAAAGCUGACAAGAACCAUACACAUAAAUCCUUCACUACUGUUAGAGCAGACGACAUAAUAUUGAACUUUGACCUUGGUUCAAGUGCACCAUUAGAAAAUCCAAGUACAAGCGUAAAAGAUACUCUUAACAGUUUAGAUAACAGUUGCAGGAACAUUGAAAGUCAUGCCAGAAACUUUGAAGCAUAUGAACUACCAGCAAUGUUAGACAAGAAAGCAGACAAAACAGAGCUUCAAACAUUAAAGACUCAGAUUCUUGAAACAUUAUAUCCUAUAGGCUCUAUUUAUACGUCAAUGAACUCAACAAAUCCAGCAACAGUUUUAGGUUUUGGUAAGUGGGAACAGAUUGUAGACAAAUUCUUAUAUUGUACUAAAAGUUCAAAACAAGCCGGAGGUUCAAAGAAAAUUACAGAAGCAAACCUUCCACCGCACACUCAUACAGGAACUACAAACUUUUCUGGCGACCAUAGCCACUCAUUAAGAGACCACCCAUUAUACAACUCAGAGUAUGAAGCUGGCAAUGAUGUUUUAUCUCCAUCUUAUAACAAUGCAGCAAAAAAGACUUUUCGACAAACUGAACCAGGAGGAAAUCAUGUCCAUACUUUCACAACAAAUCCAACAGGCUCGGGUGCAGAUUAUAUGCCACCAUUUAUGACUGUAUUCGCAUGGUAUAGAGUUCAAUGA